AUGCGCCCCCCUCUUCGGAUCGCCGUUCUCGAAUGCGACACUCCCGUCGAGAAAGUCGAUCAAAAGUACAAGGGAUAUCGUGGUGUCUUUGCCGCUCUCCUGCAUGCAAGUGCCCAGGCCCUUGGUCAACCCGAUAGACUCGACCCUACAAGCGGCCUCGUCAUCUCCGGCUGGGAUGUUGUGAGCAAACAGGAAUACCCGAAUCUGGAGGACAUCGAUGUCCUUCUCCUUACCGGAUCGAAACACAAUUCCUUCGAUGACCACCCGUGGAUCACCAAACUAGUCGAGUACACCAAAAAAGCCAUUGAUGACAACCGGGUGAAGAUUCUGGGGAUCUGCUUCGGACACCAGAUCAUCGGCCGUGCGCUGGGGGUGAAGGUCGGCCGCAGCGAUGUCGGAUGGGAGAUUGCCGUAUGCGAUAUGGAUCUCUCCGAGCCGGGGAAGAAAUUGUUCGGCAAGGAUAAACUGAGAAUCCAACAAAUGCAUCAGGAUAUCGUGUACGAGUACCCCGCCAAUGUCGUCCCUCUGGGUUCGUCUCCCCGCUGUGCGGUGCAGGGCAUGUAUCGACCGGGCAAGUUCAUGACUGUUCAAGGACACCCCGAAUUCAACGAGGAAAUCAUUACCGAAAUUGUGAAGCUGCGGACGCAGACCGGGGUCUUUACGAAGGAACAGGGCGAAGACGCCCUGGAACGAGCAAAAUGGGAGCACGACGGCGUCGCGAUAGGUGCGGCCUUUUUGAAGUUCUUGCUCGAGUAG